AUUCAAACACGAUAUUUGGUCUUUUGCAAAAGAAUCCAUACCACAUCGAUUCAUUGAUGCAAAUAAGUGAUGUUUAUAAGAUGUCGGGGGAUCUCGUUAUGGCAGGAGAGUUCAUAGAGCGUGCCCUGUACGCAUUUGAAAAGAGUCUUCAUAUCAAAUUUAACCUCAGCAAGGGAACUUCUCGUUUGAACUAUAACAAAUUUGAAAAUCGUGCAUUCUUCCUUGCUCUAUUUCGUCACAUUCAAUUUUUGUCGAGACGGGGUUGCUGGCAAACGGCAUUCGAAUUUAGUAAAUUAUUACUCUCGUUGGACCCAGUGAACGAUCCAUUGUGUGUACUUCAUUUCAUUGAUUAUCUCGGGUUGAAGGCUAAACAGUACGAGUAUGUGUUGUCUUUUACAAACGAGUGGGAACAUCACAUUCUGAAGGAUUUGCCGAACUUUGCCUAUUCCUCUGCAAUGGCAAAAUUUCAGUUGGAACUACAAAACAGUAAUAGCAAGAAUCAUGAAGCUAGCACGGCAUUACUUGAGAGAGCAAUCAUAUAUUAUCCUUCUAUAGUUCCUAAGCUGGCGGAAAAAUGCGACUUUCAAAUUGAUUCUGAUAUCGCGGAUAACGAAUUUAUUGCAGAAGUAUCGACAUCAAAGUUUUUGAAUUUAUUGAUUGACCUCUACGUUGAUCAAUCAUCGCCUUUGUGGACGCAGCCAGAGGCUAUCACCUGGCUUCAGAGCGCGUUGUUGAAUGUAUUCGUGAAAUUUAAACUUCCUAGUUAUAAAGCAUCUCUGACCGAUGAUGAGUUUUCGGAUGCAUUUGUCCAUGGAAGAGAGAUUAGAGAAAAUCUGUUUGAGAAUCAAAUACCGCUGGAAGUCAGUCGAUACAUAGUUGUCUCUGAAAAUUCAAAGUUUCUUGGGCGGCUUCCGUCGAUUGUAAAUCAUGGUAUAAACUUAUAUGAUCCUUUACCGCCUCCCGAUGGAACUAACCCCUAUACGGAACAAGUCGCAAACAUGAAUAAUGCAAAUUCUGGAAACAUAUUUGAAAUUGAUCUGCAAAGAUUUUUGGGGAGAAUGCCGAAUGCAAAUGUACAACUUCUCGCUGAGCGCAUCAAUCAGAUUGCCGAUGCCACCAAUUUGCAAGCAGCCGCCGAUAGGCUUAUUGAGAUGCUGGCGGGUCUCCGUACUGAUGAUGAAAAUGAGGAAAUUGUAGUGAAUAAUCAAAAUCCGGUACCCGAUAUGCCAGGUGGAUUUCCCCAAGAAUCUAAUGAUGGAGAAGAUGAAUUGAGAAAUGGUGGAAAUGGUGAACCACCACAGGAAGAUCGAAACGAAUGA